CACACUUCCUCUCUCUCCUCUCUCCUCCAAAUCACGCCCCUCUCUCUCCUCUAUCCUCCAAAAUUACCAGUAGCUGGCAGCCGUCCGGGCAAAUUGCGUGGGCGCGGCGCGCGCGCGAAGCUGAUGGGUGGAGGCGCGGCGGCCGUCGGGCGGGCGUACGGCGGAGGAGCCCGCGCCGCCAUCAUGCUACCGCGGCUCGUCGCCGCGCCCUCUGCCGCCAACCUCCACCACGCGGAGGCAAGCACCAUGGCGAGGCAAGCUUGGGGCUGGGCCGGCGUCGAGCACAGGGGCGGCGUCGAGGCGGCAGCGGGGACGGGGCGUCGUCGAGGUGGCGUCCCGAGCGAGCUCGGGAUGGCUGCGGCGUCGGGGACAGGCCGGGCGUCGUCGAGGUGGCGUCCCAGGCGAGCUCGGGAUGGCUGCGGCGUCGGGGACAGGCCGGGCGUCGUCGAGGUGGCGAUGGGGACGGGGCGACGUCGAGGUCCGGGCAAGCUCGGGACGGGGCCGGCGACGGGGACAGGGCGGCGUCGACGUGGCGUCGGGGACGGGCGUCGGGGACGGGCGGCGUCGUCGUGGCCCGAGCUCGGCGACGAGGGAGGAUGCCGAGGAGCGUGGCGAGGUCGUGCUGCAGCUCCCGCACCCGGGCCACGACCUCGUCGGAACUGCAGCAGCAGCCCGAGUCCCCGAGCGGCGGCGCGGUACCUGCAGCAGCCCAAGACGAGGGCGUGCUGGUGCUUGAGUUCGCGGCGAACGGGAACCUGCACGAGAAGCUGCACGGCGGGGCAAGUCCAGGACGCAGGCGCUGGAGAGGAUGCGAUGGAGAGAUGGGGGAGGACCACACAUGUAUUUUACUGUGGCAUAUGUACAGCACACUGCAGCAGUGGACCCCAACAUACAUUUUCUGGACCAAUGAGAUGCUGACUUAAGCCAGGUUCACA